AUGUACUCUAUUCCAACUUACAAGGUACUUGUUGUCGGAGAUUCAGGGACAGGUAAAACUUCAUUAGUUGAUAGAAUUAUUACAGGUAGCUUCGAAUCUUCACCGUUACCAACAGUUGGAGUAGAAUUUAAAGCAUACACAACAAUGGCAAACGGUAGUCAAAUUAAAUUGACGAUAUGGGAUACAGCCGGCCAAGAAAAGUAUAGGUCUGUUGCUAAAUCGUAUUUUAGAAAUGGUUGUGGCGCCCUUGUUGUUUUUUCAAUUAACUCAGCUGAAUCAUUUGAUCACUGCGAACAAUGGAUUGAAGAUAUUCAUAAUGGAUGUCUUCCGAAUGCCGUUAUACUUCUUGUUGGAAACAAAUGCGACUUAGAAUCCCAAAGACAAGUUACUUCCGAUGAAGCACGUACAUUAGCGCAGCGUCACGGAUGCGUUUAUAUGGAGACAUCUGCAUUUAAUAAUACAAACGUUCAAGAUGCUUUUGUCAGAUUAGGUCAAACUAUUCAUGAGUCAGCAUCAAAAGGUUUAAUACAAGGAGUCUUUGCUGCUCCAUUAGCUGUUAUCGAAUCUACAGCUCCGGCCAAGAAAUCUGGUGGCUGUUGUUAG